AUUGAAUUUUAUCACUCCAAAUGGGAACCCCUAGGUCUAUCCACGACCGUUUCCAAUGACCGUGAGAAGAUGCCAGAAAAUCCAGCUACGAGCUAAAUCCACAAUAAAAAAGUGAUCAGGUAUCAUAAAUAAAUGAAGGUAAAUGUCAGGAAUCAAUGCUCAAUAAAAAGUCGCAUAUGAGGUCUUCAGAAUUAAGAACAAUGGCAUUAAGGCAAAAACAUCAGAUUGAUAAACAACAGCAGUUGUUAGCAGCAAGAGAACAAAGGUUGCGAUUUCUGAAAACACAAGAAGCAAAUGAAACUGCUGUUACUGCUGAAGGAGAGCGGCUCCGACGGUUAAGAGAACGGGUUGAAGCGCAAGAAUCUAAAUUACGUCGACUAAGAGCAUUGCGUGGCCAAGUUGAUUUGCAAAAAACAUAUAACGUUUCACUAGGCAACGAUUUGGAUUCUAUACGGGCUUUGUUUAGUGAGAAGGAGAAAGAACUGACGCUCGCUGUCGCUAAAGUUGAGGCACUGACAAGGCAACUUGAAGAACUGAGGCGUAAUCGAAGAGGAAAUAUUAAUUACUUUUCAAGUUUUCCCAAUCAUUCAGCAGCCAUAGAAUUAGAAAAUCUAAGAAGUGAACUAAUGUACCGCAACAAGUUAUCACUACAGCAAGAUGCACGAUUACAUUUGCAACGAGAUGCUCUCCAGAAAAGACAAGCUGAACUUCAAUCGGUUGACCAACGCAUUUUGGAAUUACAGGGUCGGUUAAAUAAAAAACGAUCAUCUCAUGUCAUUCUGAACCAUUCAAAUUCAAACAAUAAUGCUGGAAAUCAUGUCCGAUCUGUCUCAUCAAGUUUUCAUUCACAAAAUAAUGGGCCAAGAAAUAAUGUGGUAGCUGUUGGACCUUUUAAUCACUUUCCGGAAAAAAUUGUUACACAAGGCACGAUUAGAAAUAAAACGAACGUUCUGAGCAAUUCUAUAGCAAGCGGUUCGAACUGUCAUCCGACAUUUAACAUUGUGGACAGUAAAUCUCGGUAUUAUACUCAAGCAUACACAGAUGAAUUAGAUAAAGCAUACGGAAUGGACUACUCUAUGGCUCCUGAAAGCGAUGAACAUAAAUUGGCUGCAAAGCAAAAUAGAAUCUUUCUUAAUCUACAAAACGCGGAAGAUAGUGAAUAUCUUAACGCAUUGACUGUCGAUGAAACUAUAAAUUCGACUAAGAGAGCUAAAUCUAGAACUGAACAUGAGCUGAGUCAAAUGGAUCAAGAAUUUGAAAAUGAUGAUCAUGUUACUAAUCGAAAACCCUGCACAUAUAAUGAUAUAAUUUCUGAAAGUACUCAUAGAAACACAGAUGAAAUAAAUAAUGAAUGUGACAGCGAUAAGGUUUGCGAUUCAUUACCAAGUACAAGAAUGAAAACACCAGUAUACAGUAUUCCAUUAUUAGUAAAUAGAUCCGUUGCCAUCAGUAUUACAACAAAUCAAGAAACCAUCUCUGACGACCAACACGUAUCAGUGGAGUCUUCUCAGUUUUAUCCUAAAACUUUAUCAUCCAAAAAACCAGGCCUCUCGGCUAAUUGUAAUGAAAAAAUGAUUCACAUGGUUGUACCUCAAACUAAAAUAACAGACAUAUCAACUAGUAUGGAAUCUACAGACAAAAUAAAGCCAGCAUUACCUCCGAAACCUUUAAAACAAAACGUUGUUUUGUCUGAAGCAGACACAUCAUCUGAAGUCACUGUUGAUAAAAAAACUUAUCAAUGUGAACACAGCUCACAAUUUAUUGCACAUUUUCCAAAAGCCAGUUGUAGUGGCAGUGUCAUAUCCGAUGGUCUACCCAUAAAAGCAAGACCUUUGACUAUUAAAAAAUCACCCUAUUCGGAACAUCCAAGAUUGAAACACUUCCACAUUGGUAUGCAGAAAAAUCAACUGACAGCACCACAUCGUGCUAUUGAAAUGCCACAAACAUACGGAUCAGCAGAUAAGGAUAAAUUUGAAGAACAAACAACAGAAAUGUCUUUGAGUUUCCAAACAUCAGAAUCUGAUAAACAGGGAGAAUCAGCCAAUUUAACUAAUAAAUCAGCUUUGUGCAGCAGAACAUCUGAUGAAAAGGAAGACAUUGAUGUCCAUAACGAACGAGCUGAGGGGACAAAGCACAUCUGGACAGAAGAAACAACUAGACGAAAAAGAAGCUUUGUACCUAGUGUAGCAUCAGAUGGGAAUAUUAAGUUUGCUCGCAGAGUUAGUUUCGAUCCUCUAGCCCUUCUACUAGAUGCCAGUUUAGAAGGGGAAUUAGAGCUUGUUAAAAUAACUGCUUCUCAGGUUUCUAAUCCUAGUGCAGCGAACGAUGAAGGGAUAACUGCUUUACACAACGCUAUUUGUGCAGGCCACGUUGAAAUUGUGAAGUAA